CUAUCAUAAUCUUUCCUAAACUUAAAAGUUGUUUUCCUUUGUCACGAAAUCGUGAAUUAACGGCUGUUUUUCUCCUAAAAUUAAUUCUACAGUCAUGCAAAAUCGCUUCUUAUUAUGACACAUUGUGCUUCAGUCCAAUUUUCUCUCUUUUGUUCCGUUUCAUUUCACCUAGAAUACGGACUAAUUUAAACUGUUUUUUUGAGUGAAAUACGCCGUCCGCGAACUAUAGUACGUCAUUUAACGUUGACCAUUCAAUAGUGACCAGAAAGAAGAUAAUAAAGGUAUUAUUAUAUAGCAAAGAAUCUAAUAAGCGACAGAUAUUUAAAUACAAGUUUCUCCCGGAGAAUUCGUAUACAUAAAAAGAACAAAACUGAAUCAUGGAUAUCAAUGGAUUAGUAGUAAAUGAAAAAGAGUUAAUUGACAAGUUACGUGAAAGAGUAUCUGAUCUUGAUAUUGGACCUGAGUUUCACUAUGAUGAUACAUAUUAUAAGAAAUGGUUGAAAGCUAGAUGCUUUGAUCUCGAAAGAGCGGAAGAAAUGCUAAGAAAGCAUAUUAAGUUCGUCAGAGGAAAUGGCUUAGAUAAGAUUGAGGAAAACUUUACACCUAAAGAGGUUACAAAGUACUUCCAUACUGCUAAACUUGGGUAUGAUAGAGAUGGAUUUGUUGUGAGGAUUUUUAACCUUGGAGCUUCUGAUUUGAGAGGACUGGUUCUAUCACUUCCUAAAAUCGAUUUAUACCGUUACAUAACGAAUCUUAUUUUAUCUGACAUUCGGGAACAAGAGCAAGAUUAUCCUGAAAGAAAAUCACAUUUAGAGCAACACGUAUACAUAUUGGACUUCAACGGUUUGAGUUGGUCUACUAUAGUUGACAGAGGAGUUGUACAGCAUACAUACUUCAUACUGAAAAAGUAUGAAGCUAACUAUCCUGAGAAUAUGAAAGCUGUAUACAUUGUGAAUACUCCAUCAUUUUUUAACUUUAUUUGGAGCUGGUCUAAAUCUGUAUUGCCUGAAACAAUAACGUCAAAGGUGGAAAUCUUACCUUCAGAGGAUGCGCCAUCAAUUAUUACAAGAAAUAUCGAUUCUAAUAUACUGCCUGUAUCAAUUGGAGGAACUAAAGUUGAUGAAGAUGGAAAUCCUGAGUGUGCAUCCAUGUACCUAAUGCCUCUAAAUGAACCAGUCCCUGAAAGUCUAAUGUUAUAUCAACAACUUGGCGUACUUGAAAAUGAUCCUGCCGCUACGCGAAUCGUCGUGGAAUGUGGAUGUGCUUCUAGAAUAGAACUUAUGGUUAAAGAACCUAAAACUGUUAUUCAGUGGGAUUUUCAGACAAUAGAUUAUGAUAUACGAUUUGGCCUGAGUUUGAAAGAAGACGAAGCAGAAGAAUCAACUGAAAUAAUAACUCCUCACAGAGUCGAGUGUCAUAUGUAUCCAGAAACGGGAACUUUCAAGUGUCUCAAUGCAGGACUAUAUGAACUGGUGUUUGAUAAUACUUACAGUUGGGUGACAAAUAAAGAAAUCAUUUAUAAAACUAAAAUCAUACCUCCAAGUGAAAUAUCAAACAACUAAAAUGUGAAAUUAUUGUUCUUCUAUACAUGAAUAAAUAUUUCCGUUUAACAAAUAA